CCGGCGGCCAUUUUUAAAAUAGUCGCACGCAUUCACUGCCACAGCUUUCUAGAGAUCAUGAUUUGCCACUAGUCGCAUAAUUCCACGGAGUUGCUCGCUUGAACGCGGCUAAUUUUGCACUACGGCACGCAGCAGAGCAAAGAUGUGUUCAUUAUCCAGACAAGGCUAGCAAAAACUCCGAACAUGCAAACACGCAAACAAAAAAGGCAAGAAAACGACGCCGCAGCUCUCUUGCGGGUUUCGACCAGCGUUUUGAAAAUACCCGGCGAAACCAACUAAAGUGCUCAACGUCGAUUACAAAAGGCUCGCCCCGGAAACAGUGCCAAGGUGUUGAUUCUCCCUUCGCUUCGUUCUCGGCCCUGUUGGUGUUCUUGUGCGAGCGAGCGGCAAUUUUUUUCCACCGACAAAAAGGCGGGGAGAAUGAAUAGUGAUGCUGCAACGCCGGCUUCGGACGCUUUCGUGAAGAAAUCCCUCGUGUGCUUUAUUCAGCAGGAAACCAGCGAAGAUGCGGCAGACAUGAUUGACGAAAUUCUGCUUGCCUAUGUUGUGGGUAUCCUGGAGUCUGACAUAGCCGAGGAAGGAUUCGACGUCUUGGAGUUCAAAGAAAUGCUUUCUGCUUACAUCCCAAGUUUCGACUCGAUAUCGGAUACAAAAAUAUCAUCUUGGGUUGGACUGCUGUCCGGCAAAGUCGGAAAGCACACAGAAAAAAAAAGAACUGAAAGCUUGCUCAUUACACCAGUCAUCUCCCCAGAGAGCAAAACAUCCAACAAGCCGACACCUCGGUCACGAAACACGAGCCAGUCGGAAGAGGACGUUGGGAAGCCAAACCGUAUAGCUGUCUGUGAUGAGUCUGAACUGUGUGACGGAACCACUUUCCGCACGCUCUGCGAGAUGUUUCCGGCCGCGUGCGCGCUUGAGGUUCGACGUUGCCUUAUGGUUGCCGGUGGAGACACUGAGGCAGCCGCGCAACUGUUGCUUCAGCGCGACGCAGCAGCGGAGACACUGCUCUCUGGACCUGCACAUGGCUCAGCAAAUCCACGCAGGGAUACUUCGUCACUUCCACUUGGUGACAAGGAGCUCAGGGAACAGAUCUUGACAAGAUAUGGCUACAUUGAUCAAGAUGAAGAUGAAAAAGAACAUAGGCCUGUUGCACCAAAGACUGAGCCAAAGAAGCUCAUCCGUUAUCGGGACAACAAGAUCGUCAGCGUCAAGGGCGAGAAGUAUUCAGAGGUGAAACGGGAGGAGAGUGACGACAUGAAGCGAACCUACGUCACUCUAAAGCCGGCCCGGCAAUAUAGGUUCCACUAGGGUUACAAACAUUUCUCCUUUGAUCGCUUUCGCGUGCAGACGCUGCUUAGAAGCAUGAUGACCAUGUGACCAAUUGGUGCUGCCGCUGCUGCUGCCAACAAUGCUAGGAUGCUCGCUAAAGGUUGACGCAUACACGCUGUCUUUUUCUGCAGAAGGCAAAUCCAUCUGAUCAGAAACAGAUGGACCAGAAAAUUGCCUGAUGCACAGAUGGAGCAGACGACGCUGAGUCUAUUAAGGCAGACGCAGAUGACAGUCUGUCUGUUCAGGCAGAAACAGGCAAAUUUUCUGGACUGACUGUUCCUGCCUCAUGCAGAUGCUCUUUUGAUUUAAUGCGUAGGAGGGGAGCUGGCUACUCUGCAUAAUCUUGUGUCACGCCAUGCUGGUUUUGCUUGCAGGGAAUGCAGUGAAGUCAUUCUGUGCAAAGCUGGCACUGUUCAAAACAAAUGGUGAUGUGCAGUCGCCACCAUCUUGUGUUGGCAAAGCGAAUAGCACAGUACUGUUCAUUCUCAACUGGUUUUGGAAGUGCUCAUGAAUUGAAGAGAGCUCACGGUUUGCUUUGUCAGUGUGCUUUUGGGACAGGCAGUGUACGGCAAGCCCAGUGCAGCAAGUGCCAGGUUCAUCUUGUGCAGGCACUGAACUGAUGUGACACAGCUCGCGAGAUGUGGGAUGAACUGUACAAAACCGUGUGCUGGAGUUUUUGUAGCCGUAGGUUUAACAUGCAAAGAACAGCGAGUGAUUGCCGCUUCAUUAGAAAAGCUUCCUCAAACUCAAAGCUGUCUUGAAAUUUUUCGCGCUGCAAAGAACCGACCAAGAGCAGUUCUGAACAUAGCUUUACUCCUUGCAGAUGCAUGAAAGUUCAAUUUCAAUUGAAUUUACUUCCUUGUGGCUGCAAAAGUUACCCAAAAGAAACCAAGCUUUGUGUGCCAUCAUUUAAAUAACACUUCAAAAACAGCACAGUCCUUGUGCUAGCACAAAAAGCAUCUGCUUGAAGAAAUGUUUGGGGCAGUACUUCCAGACAGCUUUCUAUAGCUGUGCAGGCAGGCGUAAAUAUCACUUUGCGCAUGUAUCAAUGCACAUUGGCUAGGCUGGCUUGACACCUCUUUUGGCCUGGAUAGAGUUUCAUCAACUGAAAGGAAGAAAUUGCCAUCCACCCAAGAGCAGCACGAAGCUACAAAGGAAACCCAAUGAAUUUCUCAGAAAGGUUGCAGUUCAAGAAAAAUUUGUCCUGGUCUAAAGAUUGAAUCUGAGACCAACGUCUUUCCGGUGUGGUCUCUCUACCAUCUGGCCUAACCGGGAGGCUGGAAGACUGCAGAGCGAUGUCAAAUUAAGUGACAACUUAAGUAAACCUGCAAGAUGGAGAAAGAUGCAUGAAAGGGACAAAUUGCUAUUCACAUCAUAGUGGCAUGAAGCUACAAAACAAAUAAAUAAAUAAACUGGUUCUGUCUCAACUAGAACAGACUUAUUUAUCCAUUUUUCAACUGCGAAGCUUUUUCGCUGAGAAAGUUGUACGGGCUUCCUUUGCACCUUAGUGCUUUUGUCAGGUGGAUGACAAUUUUUCUCCAUUUACCUUAAGUGCUACCAACAGUACAUAAUUUCAAAUUCAGUAUUAAAAGUUGAAACCCAAUUUGAACUGCUACAUCCAGCACUGCUUUCACACAUGGAUUUUGAUUUCCAUUUUAUAGCCUCGUGUACAACCAUAGAAAGUUGCCUAUGAGUACGGCAUCUGCUCAACGAUUGCCUGUGAAUUAGUCCAAGCAUGUUCAGUUAGAUAAGAACGUUAAUUGCUUCACAUUUGGCUAAGCGCAAGCUCGAAGAACCUGCUUCUAGAAGCCCUUUCGAUCUCACUUUAUCAAGAAUGUUCACGAAGAACACUGAAGAAAUUAGAAUCGUCUCUUGUUUGUGGCGGAACCUCUCUACGACCACCAUAGGCUUGCUUUGGGCAUGCACUGUGCUUCGCUGGCAAUGCAUUUGUUACUGUUAUCGACUUUGUGACCACGAAGAAAUGCGAACAAUCAGUUACUUAGUUUUAACUGCAUGUAAAUAAUAUGAGAAAAAGUGUGCUAGCGUGUUGUAAGAACUACUAUGCUCACCAAAAAUCUCGUGUUCCCCUGUGAGGCACACUCCAAACUUGCACCCAUUUUAUAGUUUUUUAUAGUUCAGUACUACUUUUUUUUCUAAAGUGGGUGUACCGUUUGUUGUUGUCAUGUUGAAAACUGACUUAUGCAAAGGCUGGUACAUGAGUGUUGACAUGUGCAAAGCACGUGUGAGAACAAAGGUGCAUACAGCGGUUAGAUUUGUGGCCUGAAUGUGUAUGUGUUAACGUCGCUGUGUCACUGACAUAUGGUCAAACCUGAUUAUGCUGAAGUCGCAUUCAACAUGAAAGCUUUUGCUAGCUCAGUCGCUGUGGAAAAAUCUUUUAAUCAAGUCAGUAUGAAAGAAACAAGAGUGUGAUGCCUAGAACGGGCCAGCAGAGAGUCUCCUGUCAUAUUUGACAGGAGCUUUUCAUGCUGAUACCCGGCACGUGAUCAAUGCUAAAUUACAAAAACACUUUGCACCAUCAUUGAUAUGCAACCAUGCCAUUGGUGUGAUCACUCAGAAUCGAUGCAUUGGCUUGCUGGCUGCGUGUCAGCCAAGCCAAGCUGUUAGAAAAACCGUGCAUGCAUGUCCGGAUUGUGCCAUCUCAAGUUGUCUUUGCAGUGUAGUUGACAUUUUUGCUACCAGAAUACCCAUACUUUGAGUUGUGAGGAAACGAGCGUCUGCUCUGCUAUUGUCAAUAUUGUCUGGCACCUUGCAUUUUUGGUUUCGUUGUACCAGUAUAUUGUUUAUUGAAAUAGAGCAUGGCCAACCAAAUUACGGAUUUACUCAGUUAUACUCAGUGGCGUAGCUAGGUCGUCUGGCACCCGGGGCCCAUAGGUCU